AUGUUCAGACUGCGGACUGUUGGAUUUGGUUGCGCGGGACCACUUUGUGUGAGUGGAGCGCGUCUAUUGUGGUGGGGGUACAAGGAACGUGACCUCCACCGACUUGCUCGUCAGCGUCCGUGGUGGGAGAACGCUGCAAUUUUUGCCGGGCUUCUCUGCUUUAUUCAGGUUACGAGUAUGUGCUAUUACUUUGGGAACCGCAUGUACCAAGCUUGGCGGCCAUCUGGUAACACUCUCUAUGUGAAUAAGGCGAUGGACACUAAGGUUUUCGCGCGUCCUGAUUUGUCCGUGGCAGCGGUGCGUAUGGUUAUUCAUUACGUGCUUUCAGGCACCCAAACACCAUUUGGAGCCCCCAUGGUGUAUCCGGAGUACAUGCGUCCAGAAGCGGAGGAACUGAUGAAAUUUAUUUUUGAUUUACACAGUGAGCAGCCCAUGUUCUCUAUUCCUGAUCUUUGGGCGAUGCUGUCGGCAAAGGCGCUCGCUCGCCUGGGAGGGCCGAAUAUUUCUGUACGUCGCGGGAGACCAGACCCCCCGGGCCAUUUGGCAGUUGAGCAGUUUCUCGUUGAGACUCCUUCCCUUGUUCCGGAAGGGAAACGCGAUGUACUCAAGAUGAAGCGAUUGCUUGCGGGGCAGGGAUUUUCCGUGGAGGAGAUUGUUGGCAUGAUUGGAGGUAUUCGAACAAUUGGCUUUCAUGAUAGUUCGGGGUUUCACACAAAAGAAGAAGUAAAGCCACAAAUACGUCGUCACCCGAGUCUGAUGGGACCCCAGGAGGACGUGUUUCAUCUUCCUGAGACGAUGGAAAAAUGCACUUUAGAUCCCUACGUGUUUGGUGGGGAAUAUUUUGAUCUUCUUUUGGAUUAUAACUGGAGGCAGCGAAGUCUUAUCGGUUGGCGGAGUGGACCCUUUCGCUGCGAUGAGAAGGAUCGUAAACGCGAGAUCACACUUCUGGAUCCAUUUUCAGAGCAGGCCGUAAUGAGGGAGCGGAAGCGUCUGCAGGCGCAAGAACAGGCACGGGAGGCGGUUGAGCGGGCGGCCCAAAAACGAGAACAGAUCACUCUACCUGAGGAAGAAAAGGCGGAAUCCGCAAUGGGACGUGUCGGCGAGGCGCAGUUUAUUCCUGGUGUGGAAAUGCAGGAAAGUGUGGAUGAUGACACGACGGAAGCUGUUGGUUCGUUGGUGGUGCCGGAGUUCAAGAGCCCCUGCUCAAGUGUUUCGAUGCGGGAGAUGGACAUGAUGUUGCUGGACGAUGCGCUCUUGACUGGGUGGCUGCACCGCUUUAGCACAAACGAGAUUCGUUUCUACACGGUCUUUGGCGAAGUCAUGGAGAAGAUCCAGAACCGAGGAUAUAAUCUCAACUCCCUUUACGUUCCGACGUGA